UCAGAACUGAGAUUUCAUAGGGCUGGCCUAGCCUAGAUCUUGAAUAUUUCUUGGGCGCCAACGACUGUGCCGCACCCCAUGAAAAUCUUCCAGGAUUCCUUUAUGGACAUCAUACUGGUUUUCGACACGACUUGCCUUACUGUACAGCUCAAGUGUGAAUAAUGACUUGGUUGGUAGGGCAGAUUGAAUAUAAUCUUACGUACUGCACAUGUACAUCUCAUUACAGGUACAGUACCGCGGUAGAAAUAUCAGCCCAUGUCCACCCCACCUUCUUUGUGAGGCUGCCAACGCUGAUAAGUAUAUAUCUCAUAUCGUAUGUUUGAUUCGGCUUUUCGGUCUUCACUAUCUGAUUUGUCUUCAGGACUAUUCCAUCCAUUCACGACAUAUGUUUUGCUUCAAAUCAGUGUCAGCCGCCACCGAUAUACAAACAUACUCGGCAGCGUUUCAGAAUUGUAGGAUUCAAGCGCUGGAUCUUACUCUGCCCAGCUCCACGCAUCUCUGGCCCCCAACGGUGCUGUAAGCAUUGCGGCGUAGUUAACUGCAAUUACACCUGUGCCACAUGUAACCAUAUGGAGUUUUGAACCCGCCGUUCUUGAGAUGAAGCAGUUUCUUUUCUUGCGAAGUUUUAUAUUCUACUAUUGCCAUUGCUGUAGCUCUCGUUUUUCUGGAAUUCGAUAUGGCGCCUUAUCACGAGCAACCCGGACUUGAAGUCGGGGUUCAACCUAAUGAUAAGUAUAUACCGGGCUCUCUUGGGGGCAUUCAGGGUUACUCGACAGCUGCAAUGGCCAAUACUUCAACAAAUCUUCAUCCAGCGACUGAAGGGCACGCUUUACAUCUAGCGAAUGAAGGAAACUCAAAUGACAACCCGUUCUCGAACUCAGCAAAUAUCGUUUCAAAUUCGCCUCCGAACUCCGAGCAAUAUGGCCCCUCUCACUACUCCUCGUCACAAGUGCCUCAAGCCUCCUCGAUAUCCUAUUCAACAGCUGGGAGAGCUUCUCAGUCGAGUUACUCCUUUUCAAAUACGCCGCAGCCAUCGUCAAUAUCGCCUCCAGCACAAGAAAGAAGCGCGCAUUUUGGCUAUACAAAUGCAGCACAAAAUACUCAUAUUUCACCUCAUAAUGUGAACCGAGAAGCUCUCUCUGACUUCUCACGAUCAAAUUCAGCCACUUCGGCAACUCGAGUACAAGCGCCACAGAAAAUCGAUGCUGGUUAUGACUAUGCGCCAUCCAAAUACUCCUCGCUUCCAGGUUAUCAUAAAACACACGAUGGUCGAGAAAAAGGCGGCAAACACAUAUGCGGAUUGAAACUUGCAACAUUUCUUUGGCUUCUUGCCUUCGCAAUUGUAAUACUGGUUGCAGGGUUAGGGUUAGGGCUAGGGUUACCAAUGGCAGUCAACAAUGCUAAGAAAGGGUAAGCCAGAAGCUUUAGCCAUGCAAUUAUUUCAUGUCCUAACUCAUACCAGGGCCGCUGUUUCCGCUUCAGCCGUAGCUGCGUCGGCAUCUGCCGCAUAUUUAAAGCAGAAUGCUUCACCUACUUCAAAUACUCUUAUGCCUACUUCCGGGCAAACAAACGUUGGUGUUACUAGUAUUGUCACCAGUAUGAUUACUGCUAGCGCAAAACCAACUACCACAAGCUCAGGCCCCUACACAGCAGACCCAUCACCAUCCACGAUAGCUCGCGAUUGUACCAGCCCGAAGAAAUUCACCAUCGGCGGCAAGUACGAGAACACUUUCAGUAUAACAUGCAACAAAGACUUUGUGCCUCCGUCUGUUGGUUUUGUCGACAUCAUCGCAUUAACAGUUUACUCAAUCAAUGACUGUGCAAGAGCUUGCGCAUCCUACAACCGAAACAUUGGUGGCGGUAACAAGUGUAUAGCAGCAGCUUUUGACGCGAAUUGGGCUGCUGUCGGUAAGGAUGCCGGCAACUGUUGGCUCAAAAAUACUACAGCAACUAUCAAAGAUGGAGCUGGUACGCAAGCAAUAAUACUGUUGGAGACAUAG